UUUCUUUUGUUCUUAUCUGUGAAUGUUCCACCAAGAGACUAGUUGUCAGAUAGAUAUUAGACGCGAGGCGAGAAGCUCCGUUUGGAAACCCUAGAGAUCGUGAAGCUCCAUCCCUCUCCGGCGUGGAUCUCGGAAGUUGUAUUAUUUGAAUUUGGGAGAGAUUAGAUUAGAUCAUGUAUAGGGAGAGGGGAACGGUUGGAACCAAGUCGGAGGUCGUCGAUCGGAAACGUGUUGUAAACGAGGUUCGCGAUAAUCGGGCGUCGCAUUCGAUGUCUCAGCCCGUCAAUGGAAAGGGAAAGGCCGCAUCGAACUCCGUCAUGAUAGGGAAGCAGUUGCAUGACCAGAACAACAGCAGAGAUUCACGUUCUGGGUCUCUCUCGAAGACUACCAUUUCCGACGCUGUGGAUAUAUCAGAGACAGACAGCGAGGAAUCAGAGGUGAGUGGCUCUGAGGGGGAGGACACCUCGUGGAUAUCUUGGUUCUGUAAUCUCCGUGGGAACGAGUUCUUCUGCGAGGUUGAUGAUGAUUACAUCCAGGAUGAUUUUAACUUGUGUGGUCUCAGCCAUCAAGUUCCUUACUACGACUAUGCCCUUGAUUUGAUUCUGGACGUAGACUCUUCUCAUGGUGAGAUGUUUACAGAGGAACAGAAUGAAUUGAUCGAGUCAGCUGCCGAGAUGCUGUAUGGAAUGAUUCAUGCUCGUUACAUAUUGACCAGCAAAGGCCUGGCUUCUAUGUUGGACAAAUACAAAAACUAUGACUUUGGAAGAUGCCCGAGAGUGUAUUGUUGUGGGCAGCCUUGUUUACCGGUUGGGCAAUCUGAUAUCCCUAGAGCAAGCACCGUGAAGAUAUAUUGCCCCAAAUGUGAAGACGUCUAUUACCCACGAUCAAAAUACCAAGGCAACAUAGAUGGAGCAUACUUUGGGACAACGUUUCCACAUCUGUUCCUGAUGACGCACGGACAUCUGAAACCGCAAAAGGCAUCGCAAAGCUAUGUGCCAAGAGUGUUUGGGUUUAAGUUACACAAGCCGUGAAGGAAUGAAGGAACAGGUACAAGAGCAUCAUGCGUUUUGAGAAAGCAGGAGACUUGUGUACAACAAAAAGAAAAGGCAUAUUUGUUUCAGGAAGGUGGAACACUAGUUUGUCUCUGUUAUUGUUUUUGUGUGUCCCUUACUAGGUUUAGACUACUACAUUAGCUGCAAGUAAAAUCCCACAUAACAAUUGUAAUACAUUACCCCUUUUUUUCUUCUAUAUGCUUUUACCUCAGUUUCCAUUUGAGUUUUUCCUUUGUAUCAAAACCUAUCAAUGUCAGAUUUUCGUGAGACGUUCAUGUU